AUGGUGGUGGGGCCUGUUGUUUCGUCUCGUCAUUGCAGGGGCGGGUUCGGGAUGUCACGCUUCCCCACGGAGGUGUCGUUUGGGCUGACGCUGUGGCGAUUGGCUUGUCCCACGACGCUGCUGCGAGACCGGCUGUUUUGGGGGAUUGGAGAGGCGAUGAUGUGCGAGAUCUUUAACCUGAAGAUAGAGGCGAUCUACGAGCGGUGGGGGCAUCUGGUAGACCAGUUGCAACACGAGGCUAUCCUUCCCAACGUAGAUAUUUUCUGUGCGGCCAUUCACGCAAAAGGUGCUCCUCUAGAUCGCCGUUGGGCCUUCAUAGAUGGCACAAUUAAGGCAAUCGCUCGACGUUCGCGUAAGCAGAGGCUCUGGUAUAACGGUUGGAAACGUAAGCACGCUUUGAAAUAUCAAGCAGUCGACACUCCAGAUGGCAUCAUCAGGCAGUUGUGGGGGCCGAUGCUUGGUCGCCGCCACGAUGUAUCUCUAUUAGGCGAAAGCGGGCUUUUGCAGUACAUGCAGCAGUGGUUUAAUGACGCAGGAAACCCGUACUACAUUGACGGGGAUCCGGCAUUUCCUCUGUCGCCGUGGUUGAUAAUCGGAUACAAAGGGCUGUUGACUCAAGAGCAGCGAGAUUUCAAUUCGGAUAUGAGCUCUUGUCGUGUGACGGUAGAGUGGGGUUUCGCCAAGGUCGUGGCCCUGUGGCCUUUUGUCGACUAUGCCAAAAAGCAACAGGUAGCGUUAUUUGCCUGUGGUCUGGGCAAACGGUACAGUGUAGCCGGCCUGUUGACCAACUGUCGCUCCUGCCUCUACGGUAAUUCCACGUCGAAAUUUAUUGGGGUUCGCCCACCGACUCUGGAGAGGUAUUUGUCAGGGGAGGGAUAG